CUGAAGAAGAAGUAACUGAGUAAAAUGGCUGAUGAUUGUGAAAAGCCAAUGUCUUCGCCAGGCAAUUAUGACGAAAAAGAUGAACAUACCGACGAAGAGGAGGACGAUUACCGUCCGAUGAUGAAAGGAAGGGGCAGAGGUGUUUUCAGGGGAGGACCUCCUGGCAGAGGUGGCCCUGGUCCUGGUGGGCCUGGUGGACCUGGAGGGCCCGGAGGACCUGGAGGUCCAGGUGGUCCUGGUGGUCCCCACGAUUUUGGACCACCACCUGGAGGGCCCGGCCCAGGCCCGCGUGGACCCCCUCCUGGAGGACCACAUGGACCACCCCCAAGAUUUAGGGGAAGAGGGUUCGGUCCCAGAGGGCCCCCUUUCAGAGGUCCACCUCCGCCACACUUCGGUGGUCCCAGAGGGCCUCGGUUUAGAGGUCAUCCUCCCUUUGACCCCAAUUGGGGACCUAUGCCGCCUCCUGGAAUGCAUCCCCAUCCUCAUAUGAUGGGACCACCACCUGGAAUGCCUCCUCCACCUCACAUGAUGGGUCACAUGGGAAUGCCACCACCUGGUCCUUACGGUCCACCGCCACCAGUUGGAUGUCCGCCGCCACAGCAGGGUGGUGGUGCUGGUCCCCAGCAGGGUCCACCACCGCAGGGUGGACCAGGGCAACAGCCUCAGCAACAGCAGCAGCAACCGCCACCACAGCAGCCGCAACAGCAGCAGCAGCCACAACAGCAACAGCAGCAGCCUCAACAGCAGCAAGGUCCCCCACAGCAGCCUCCUCAACAACAGCAACAGCAACAGCAGCAGCAACAGCAAGGCCCUCCACCUGGUCAUGGUCAUGGUGGACCUAUGCCCUCUCCCAUGAAUCCUCCUCCUAAUGUGAUGCCCGGUAUGGAUCUUAGUGGAGACAUCUGGGUUGAAACAAAAACUGGUGAAGGCAAGUCUUACUUUUAUAAUGCUCGGACCAGAGAGACAACAUGGACCAAACCCGAGGGCCCUAAUGUCAAAGUCAUCACACAAGAACAGGUUGAAGUGAUGGCCCAGCAAGCAGGAGUAAAUCAAGGUCAAGGUCCACCACCUCAGCAGCAGCAGCAAGGUCAUGCCCCAACACUUGGACCUCCGGGGGGACCUCCGCAUAAACCUGAUGGCGGUCCUGAUCAGCAAGGAGGGCCUCCACAUCAUGGACCACCUCAAGGCCCACCAGUGGGAGCUAUGCCAAAUACGAUGCAACCACCUCCAGGUAUGAUGCAAGGUCCUCCACCUGGCAUGCCACCUCCGUUCGGAGGCCCACCUCCACCACAUUUUGGUGGACCACCUCCAUUUGCCAUGCCUCCACCAGGAUUUCCAGGUCCUCCAGGUUAUGGCCCUCCUGGUUUUGGUGGAAUGCCUCCACCAGGACCUGCGUGGGGACCACCUCAAAUGGGUAUGGGGCCACCACCUCACCAACAACCGCCUCCUAUGGCAGCUGCCCCAAUGGCUCCUGGAAUGGGGCCGCCACCACCCCAUGCUAUGGUGCCUCCAAUGGCCGAUGAUCUUUCACAGAUUGACCCUGAAAUAGUAGCUCGAGCUUCAGAGUGGACUGAACACAAGGCUCCAGAUGGUCGUUCAUACUAUUACAAUGCUAAAGCAGGGGAGAGUGUAUGGGAGAAACCACAAGUUCUUAAGGAUUUAGAAACAGCAAAAUUAGCAGCAGCGCAGGGUGUCUCAACAGUGGCUAGUCCUGCAGCAAAUGCAGGUCCACUUCCGGUACCUGCUGCUGCUGCAGUGGCUGCAGCAGCUGCUGCUGCAGCAGCAGCUGCUGCUGCUGUUGUGCCAGCGACUGCUGUGCCUGCUCCAGUUGUGACCACUGUGGCUGCAACUCCAGUUGUGGCUCCUGUUGCUGCACCAACAAACUCUGUGGCUGCAGCAAAUGCUGUUCCAGCUGUGGUUGCUGCAGCCCCUGCAACUGAUCAUGUCACUCCAGAACAGACUGAUGCAGAAGCAGAAGCAACUCCAAAAGCUGCAGCUACUGCUGCAGCAGUGCAGGCGUCAGACACUGGUGCUUCUACUCAGCAGACAGCUGUCAAUGGAGAGGUUGAUGGAGAAGAUGAAAAGAAACUAGAAGAGAAAACAGCAGAAGAAAAGGCAGAAGAAGAAGCUGCUAGAAAGAAACGUGAAGAGGAGGAAGAAAAAGCUAAAGAAUUACAAAGGGCACAGGACAAAUCACGUCCUGUCUCAAGUACACCUGUUCCAGGAACCCCUUGGUGUGUGGUAUGGACAGGUGAUGGUAGAGUUUUUUUUUACAAUCCAUCCUCUCGUACAUCAGUCUGGGAGCGACCAGAUGAACUAUCUGGUCGUGCAGAUGUUGAUAAAAUGGUGGCCACACCUCCCGAGGCAGCAGGUGGCCCAUCAGCCUCAGCAUCAUCAGGCUCUACUUCUAACUCAGCUGCUGGCACCAAACGGUCUGGUUCACCAGCUAGUGAUGAUGCAGAGUCAACGCCAUCAAAAAAGAAGAAAGAUGACACUCCUACAAAAGAUGGGGAUAAAGAAGGAAAAGGUGAUAAGAAACUAAUAGAUAUUGGUAAGGAAGCUGCAAUUGAAGCAGAAGUGAGAGCUUCACGUGAACGAGCAGUUGUCCCGCUGGAGAUACGUAUCAAAUCGUUCAAAGAAAUGCUUGCAGAAAAAGAGGUUUCUGCCUUCAGCACGUGGGAAAAGGAACUACACAAGAUAGUUUUUGACCCACGCUACCUAUUGUUGACAUCAAAAGAAAGAAAACAAGUGUUUGAAAAAUAUGUGAAGGAACGAGCAGAAGAAGAACGCCGCGAAAAGCGCAACAAAAUGAAGGAACGCAAGGAUGAGUUUCGCAAGCUUAUGGAAGAAGCCAAUCUGCAUGGCAAAUCAUCAUUCAGUGACUUCGCUCAAAAGCAUGGGAAGGAUGAGCGUUUCAAGAAUAUUGAGAAAAUGCGUGAACGUGAGAGCUUAUUCAAUGAAUAUCUGCUGGAGGUUCGGAAGCGGGAAAAAGAGGAGAAGGUGAUGCGCCGUGAACAGGUGAAGCGGGACUUCAUGGCGUUGCUGCGGGAGCAUCCAGAGCUGGUUGACAGACAUGCACGCUGGCCGGAUGUGAAGAAGCGCCUGGAUAGUGACCCACGCUACAAAGCAGUAGAAUCUGGAUCUGUGCGGGAGGAUUGGUUUCGUGAGCACGUCCGGGCACUGAAGGAGGAGAGGAAACGAGAGAAGGAGCGUGACCGAGAAAAACGCAGCGAGCGGAAGGAACGUGGUGGUGAGGACCGCAAAGACAGGGAACGGGAGCGUGGAGGCAGCGAACGUCGGGACCGGGACCGAGACCGUGACCGCUCUGAAAAGGAGCGGGACAAGGACCGUGAGAAGGAGAGAGAGAAGGACAAGGACAAAGCUGGUGCAGGUGGCAGCAGUAGCUCUGGAGCACUAGCGUCUUCAGCUUCAGGUGGCAGUGGUGGUAUUGGUAGCAGCCUUGCAGAUAUGGGAGAAAUGGAUGACAAUGAAGAGACCGAUGAGGAUGGUGCAGCAGCAGCAACAUCAGAGGAGGAGCGUGAAAAAGAAGCGAGGGAGAAAGAAAGACAAGCUAGAGCUGAGGCAAGUCUUCGUGAACGUGAAAAAGAAGUUCAGCGGACAUUAGCGACACAUCUCAGAGAUCGUGACAAGGAACGUGAGCAGCAUAAGAGAGAUGAAGCUGUACAACAUUUCAAUGCUCUUUUGGCAGAUCUUGUUCGAAAUUCUGAGCUUGCAUGGCGAGAAGCAAAGCGUCAGUUAAGAAAAGAUCAUCGCUGGGAGCUAGCAGAGUUGUUGGACAGGGAGGAUAAAGAGAAGUUGUUUAACCAACAUAUUGAACAACUCACAAAGAAGAAGAAGGAAAAAUUCAGGGAGCUUCUGGAUGAAACUGAACAAGUAACACUGACCAGCACAUGGAAAGAGAUAAAGAAGAUUAUUAAAGAUGACCCUCGCUACAGUAAAUUUUCUUCAAGUGACAGGAAAUGUGAAAGAGAAUUCAAGGAGUACCUAAAGGAUAAAUUAAUUGCAGCAAAAUCUGACUUCAGGGAGCUGUUACAGGAGACAAAAUUGAUAAACCACAAGUCACUGAAAUUGGUACAAGAUAAUGAAGCUCAUAUACGGGAAAUGGAGGAAAUAUUAAAAAAGGACAAGAGGUACCUGGUACUUGACUAUAUGCCUGAGGAGCGCACAAAGUUGAUUGUUGCUUACCUGGAGGAUUUGGAGAAACGAGGACCACCUCCACCACCUACUGCUUCUGAACCUACGCGCCGACCCACAAAAUAAAUGUAUUGUUUUCAUUAUAAAACUCCUUUUUAUUCACCUAGUGGCUGUUUCUAAGUGCAACAAAAUCAUCUGGUGUCUUGUUUAGCAUCAGGUAAUGGAUUAAAAUUUUCACUGUGUUCGAACUUUGUUUGUGCAAGUCAGGUAGGAAUUUGUACUGGAGAUAAGUUGACAUUAUUGAACUGUAUGUGACGCAUGGAAAUCCGGACUCAAACAGGGAGUUGGAAUAAUAUUUUUUUGGUCUUUUAAGGUCUCAUAUCUUGCAUUGUACAGUCAUACUUUAGUGUCAGGAUCUCAUAUCAUUUGUACUGAAAAUGGAUCUAUGCUGGUUAGAUGAAAAGCAGUUCUCUUUAGUAAUGUGUCUGUACUGAGUUAACUAUUGGUCGCGUGACAGUUUUUCUUUCCGUUAAGUGGUUUUCUAUGCUAUGAGAGACUUCAACAUAUUAAUCAAACGUGCUUAUACAGCUUCGCAUGUGUUUAUAAUAAAGUCUUUAAAAUAGUUAAAGCACUCAGAUCAAUGUGAUUUCUUGUUGAGUAAGUCCUUAAUUUUAUCCCCAACUAGUCCAGAAUACAUACUUAUAGUUUUCAAUGAUUGUGUUUUAAAGUAUGCUUAUGCUAUGUGUAUUUAUUCCUAGCCAUAAUUUCUGAAGAACUGCUGUGGUCUUUUGUCUCUCUAGAACUGUUACAUAUUUAAAGUCAUCAAGCAAGUGAAAUGCAGACUGAGAUAUUCCUCUAUUGGAAUAAUCUAUUUUACAAGACAAAAACAAUAUUGUGCAUUGCAUUAAGUUAAUGUUGACAUUUUUGGGCUAUCCCCUGAAAUGUCAUCCUGUCAUGUACAGAGUUCUUACUCAAAUGUCAGUUUUUCACUUCUUGGAUGAAAGUAUAUUAUUAUUUUCAAGUGAAUACUAUGUUCUUCCUUCUCAUUCACCCCCACCCACUCCACCACACUCCACCCCAUCCCAAUUCCUUACACAUAACUCCCCUCUGUUCUUUUUACAUGAAAAAUUUUUAUCUGCUGAAAUGAUGGUUUUAAUUGUAGUGUACGUGCAAUACAUUAUUUCUUCAUCCAGCCAAGGCUAACACAUUAGUAAUGAGCUGAUGGGACCACAAAAUAUAAUGAAUAUAAUACAUAGAUCAACCUUACUGCAGCUUGUAAAUAAGGCAUUUAUAUUGCUUAAAAAUAUUUGUCACUGAAUGUUAAUAAUUUAAUUCAUAUUGAAUGUCAUUUUUUUCUAUUUUAAAAUGUUGACAUGUGAUUAGUUAUUUGUAUAUUUACAAAAUCUGUGUAAUCUUGCACUUCUCAUGAAUAAAAAUUUCAUGUAGUGACUGUA